AAGGAGAAGAAAAAGACUCACCCCCGGCAAUAAUGGACGCAUUCUUUCAAUAAUAAUAAUAAAAAAUAUCACUAUAAUAAAAACACACCCACUUCAUCUUUAUUGGGACUGUAAAAAAACACUUUCUUCCCCAAUCCAAUCGCAGGAUUACUCGAAAAGAUGCCAUUUUUGAGAUGGGUUUUCAACGUUUUCGUCGUGAUAUCAGUUGCAGAGUUCCUUCCGAUCAGCUGCAGCAGCAGCAGUUUCUCGUCUAAUCAGCAGCAGUUGGACAGAGUGUUGAAGCUUCCUGGCCAGAAUUUCAACGUGAGCUUCGCGCACUACUCUGGUUACAUUACUGUCAACGAAGAAUCUGGGAGGGAGCUUUUCUAUUGGUUCUUUGAGGCUGAGGAGGACCCUUCGUCCAAGCCUCUCGUUCUCUGGCUCAAUGGAGGGCCUGGGUGCUCAUCAAUUGCCUAUGGGCUUGCUGAGGAAAUUGGACCAUUGCAUAUUGAGAAGGAUGGGAAAACCCUUUAUUUGAACCCUUAUUCUUGGAAUAAAGUUGCAAAUAUAUUGUUCGUGGACUCUCCUGUCGGAGUUGGCUUUUCGUAUUCAAACACUUCCUCUGAUUUAUUGAGCAAUGGUGAUAAUAGAACUGCUGCUGAUAACCUCAAAUUUAUCGAGAAAUGGUUAGAACGUUUCCCACAGUACAAAGGAAGCGAUUUCUAUCUCACGGGAGAGAGCUAUGCAGGGCAUUAUGUUCCUCAACUCACUCGUGCCAUCGUGCAACACAAUGAGAAAAACGGAGAAGAAACUAUCAAUCUUAAGGGUUUCAUGGUUGGAAACGCUCUAACAGACGACUUUCAUGACCAUUUCGGGGUGUUUCAAUUCAUGUGGUCCGUUGGCAUGAUUUCUGAUCAGACCUACAAGCAGUUGAACGUCAAGUGUGACUUCCAGUCGUUCGUGCACACCUCAGAGGAAUGCAUUAAAGUCCUUGUGAUCGCUGAUCAAGAAGUCGGGGACAUUGAUAUGUACAGCAUCUAUACUCCUCCCUGCACGGCUAAUCUCAGCAGAUUAAGCCAUAUUUGGAGAAGAAAGACUAAGGUUGGUCUUCUGAGAAGACCAUACGAUCCCUGCACGGAGAAGCAUUCGACUGAAUACUUCAAUCUCCCUGAGGUUCAAGACGCUCUUCAUGUUCGCAGCAUGAACUCCCCUUGGGAGACUUGCAGUAACUUGGUGAGUGAGCACUGGCAGGAUACGCCUAGAUCGGUUUUGGAUGUCUACCGUGAGCUCUUGAACACGGGGCUUCGUAUCUGGAUGUUCAGUGGCGACACGGAUGCUGUGAUUCCGGUGACUUCAACCCGUCACAACAUAGAUGCUAUGAAGCUUCCGACAGUGAGGCCGUGGCGUGCUUGGUAUGAUGAUGGCCAGGUAGGCGGAUGGACAGAAGAAUACGAGGGGCUGACAUUCGUGACAGUGAGAGGAGCCGGCCAUGAAGUUCCCCUGCAUAGGCCAAAGCAAGCUCUAACGCUCAUCAAGUCGUUCCUGUCCGGGAAGUCCAUGCCGGGGAUGGAACUAGUGAGUGAUUCGUAGUCGGGACGAGCCACCCUUCUGGAAUGGAUGAUGAUGAUGCAGAAGAUCUAGCUGUGUUUGAAACAUGAUCAUUUCUGCAAUACAUUGCUAAUAAUUCUAGUCCAUUAACUUCUUGAGUUUCCUUUCCA